AUGUUUACGUGACGCAUUGAAAUUUCCAUCGGAGGAAAUUUAAUUUAUUUGGGUUCCCAAGUUUAUCAAUUUUUCUUCAUAAACGUUUUCGAUUUUAAUAUGAACAACUAACUGGAUUCGUUUCGCAGAACAAAUGAUUCAGCAUUUACAAAUUCCAACUCUAUAUUAAGAUAGGAAAAUCCGAUAUUCUAUUUUAGUUGCAGCCGCUGGAUUUCUGAAAACAAAACAGAUGAUAUUGUAUUCAGUAUUUUCAAAUGGCUUAUUUCACUGUUCCGGGCAGGAGACAGGAAAGAAAUACGAUUGAAUAUGACGCCGAGUUAGUAGAAGUGCUUCUAUCAUCAGCAAAAGCUGGCCAAUGGCAAAACGUCUGGCGGAUUCUUGGAGAGCCAGAGAUGCCUUUAAGAGACAGACUUUUCAACGUAAUGCCAGAAAAUCGACGCUGGGGAAUAUUACACCAGGCAGUUUAUUGGAAUAAUAAAGAAAUAAUGCAAAAGCUUUUAAGAUACCAAGCAUGCGAUAAGGAUAUACUUGCUAAACAAUGCACAUCUGAAUGUGGUAGGACGGAUCGAAUGAACGCUGAGCAGAUUGCCCAGGCGUAUGGAUAUACAGGGAUGUCGGAAAUUCUUUCUGCACAUACAAAUUCAGUUACAUCACAACAGGCACCAACAUUUCAGUCUGUUGAUAACUAUACACAGGGGGAAGGUCUUGGGCUGAUAACUGUUUCGCUUGCUGCGUAUAAGAAAACAUUUCACCCCACAGCAAUAGAUCCUGACAAAUCCGUUAUCACGGUUCUUGGCGAUAUUUUCAACGACAUAAAUCGAUCAGAUUGUCGUUGGAAAGAAGUCAGAGAUAAAGUUUGCGACGCAGUUUUCGUGGUUUGUGAAGAAAAUUAUAAGAAUAUCAAGAAAAGCAAAAGCCGCAAUGAAUUCUUCAAAGCUAUUAUAAACACGUACACGAUGGAGGAGAACUAUAUGUACACGUAUUUGAAUAUGGCGUUUCGAAGACAAAGGGAGACGUCAUAUAUACCAACUGGAAAUGAUCUGUCGCUUGGACCGUACGCUGUCAUGUAUCAAAUGCUUCUGUUAUUUUGGCCAGAGUUACAACGAGAAAGAAGAACGACAUACAGGAAAAUGUUGUUGACGAAAGCGGAUUGUGACCAAUAUGUCAACGGGAAACGGUUUGUUUGGCAGUCAAUCGUAUCGUCGUCAACUGAAAUGAGAAAUGCUAUUCCUUUCCCGACAUGCGGACCAGAAGGAGAACAAUCGGUUAUUUUCACAAUUGAUAAUAGAGCCAACAGCAAAUGGCAGCCGCGAAAUAUUGAGAAGUACGCCAUGUACAUGGAGCAUGAGAGAACCUACCCAGCAGGUGCCAAGUUUCAAGUUACAGGAAGAUCUGUAAAAGGUUCUGACACCCACGUCUCCCUCAAGCUUCUACAAAACUGAAAAUGUUUAUGAUUUUGAAUUUAAAUCUUCUCUGACAUACCUUGGUCAAAAAAUCAUUUCAUUUUACUAAACAAUAUUUUAAAAGGGAAACUUCUCAACAAGCAAUGUUUAUUCGUACCAAGACUGAUCUCUUAGAUAUUCAACCGCAAAAUUAAAAAACAAAUAAUGAUUUAGAUCAGAAGGAAUAGAUUCUUUCGAGAAAAAAUAUUGACAGUUAAUUAUAUACUCAAGCAAUGAAUUCUUCAGUCUCGUAACAAAAUAUUGAGCAGUAAACACGCAUCAAAAUUUAAUUAAAAGCGCAAGCAGGCACAAAACAUUUUUUUAAAAAAGGAUAAUGUUUAUUGCGGAGUGUUGAUACAAUACUUAAUGUGUUACAUUUUUAUAUGAUAUUUAGUGAGAAAAUCUCGUUGAGACGGAAACGCUCUAAAGUUUGGUAAAGUUAGGAAUGUUAUUUUACCUACGCUAAAUGUACAAUAUUACUCAACUGAAAUAGUGAAGCUGUGAGUGCCUACAUCAGUGGUUACUGCAAGGUACCUACCAUCAAUUCCUUAUUGUUUACA